AUGGGUGACAAAUCGGACGAGUUGAAAGGCACCACUGAUCCACUCUACGUUGCCUCACGCGCGCAGCUAAACUUCACUGAGAACGUGCCCCUCGUCCUUGGUAUCGCACUUCUCGCUGAGCUCAACGGAGCCAACAGGUCCUACAUAAACUACGCACUUGGAGCUCUGUUCGCAUUCCGUGUCAGUCACGCUGAGCUUGGCUUGAUGAUCAACGAAGCCAAGGGGCCCGGAAGAAUUGUUGGUUUCUACGGCACCCAGGCUGUACUGGCAGGUAUUGCUGGAUACGCGACGUAUCUGAUCACGGAUUACUGGAUGAUUUGA